AUGACCAGAUGUGCAAAGAAAAAUAUUUCCCGAGGCAAGACUAAACACUUUCGAGUGUUUUGGUCUGAACACCUUGAGAAACUGAAAAGAAAGCGUGGCGCCCUUCGCAACGCUGCUGGUCAGACUGGAAGAAGGGAAGACGCACAUGCCUGGAGACGGCAGUCAGCUGUCCUAAUGCAAGCCAUCCUACAAGCUAAAUGGACUACUGUUCUAAGACAAGCCAUCUUACAAGCUAAACGGACUUCCACUAUGGCAAGCCAUCUUGCAAGCUAA